AAAAGAGGAUUUGGCUGUAGCUGACUAUGUCGCCCUGACAGGAGACCACUGGACCUCUGUGAGUAACAACAAUUACCUGGGUGUAACUGCACAUCAUAUCACUAAAACAUGGGAACUGAAGUCGUUUGCGCUAACUACAAUGAAAACAGAAGAGCGUCACUUUGCAGAAGCAUGUGCAGAGCAGUUCCUAACAGUAGCACGCAAGUGGGAAAUAGAAGGAAAAGUCACAACUAUAGGGACCGACAGCGCACGCAAUAUGAUCGCUGCGGCUAGACUUUUGACAUUUGAGCACAUGCCUUGCAUAGCUCACAUCCUACAGAGAAGCAUCACGGUGAGCCUCUCUGACAGCGGAUUUGUGCAUGCAUUGUCCAAGUCUCGCAAAAUUGUGGGCCACUUCAAACACAGUCCGGCAAACACCGCGGAGCUUCAAGCACAACAAGCUGCCCUUGGACAGAAGCAGGAGCCGCUGGUCCAGGACGUUCCAACACGUUGGAAUUCGACGGUGGAUAUGGUCAAGCGUCUGAACCGCAAUCAAGCAGCAAUAAAAGCAACCCUGGACCAACAGCAGCACAAACUCAUUAUGCUGACACCACCAGAAUGGGACAAGGUGCAAAGACUUGAGACUCUUCUAGAGCCCUGUCGGUAUGUAACUGAGAUCCUGGGUGGGGAGGCCUAUGUAUCCUGCUCUGUUGUACUGCCUGCCCUCUGCCACUUGCGUCGUGUAAUGGAGGUCUCUGAUGAGGACCCUGCAUAUGUGGUGCGAUUUAAGACGGCAUUCAAAGAAGACCUAGCCUCCCGCCAAGAAAAGACCAACAACGCAUGGCUCAAGCUUGCAACGGCCCUGGAUCCACGCUUUAAAGACUUGAAGACCCUGCCCAAGAGUGAAAGAGAAGAGGUGUGGACCACACUGGGAGGCAUGCUGCAUGAACUAUCACCAAGAAGGUCUCCACAGACUUCUGAAGAUGGGCCACCCAAGAAGAAAAUGAGCCUGCUCCUACAAAUGUGCUCAGAUUCAGAUUCUGAUGAGGAGGUGCAGCCUGGCAGAGACAUACACAGGUACAGGGCAGAGCCCUGCAUUAGUAUGGAGGACUGUCCAUUGCAGUGGUGGUCUGCUCAUUCAGGAGCCCAUGACAAGCUGGCCCUGCUGGCUCGCAAAUAUCUAGCGACUCCUGCAUCCACAGUUCCAUGUGAAAGACUCUUCUCAGUGGCAGGCCACAUCGUGCAAAAGAAACGGUCAGCCUUACUUUCAGAAAAUGUCAACCAGUUAGUUUGCCUCAGCAACUGGCUAAAAGAAGAAUAGCCAAGAGAGACACAUUUUAUUGUACGAAGGUGUGGUAGUUUGUUAAUUUAAAAAAGGGAAAAUGUUCAACCAAUGUUUAACCAUUCUAAACUUAGCAAUGGCUAAGAUGCCCAUAACGUUUGGGAUGACUGUUAUCUUUAAGUUUGAUUAAAAAAAUAAAAAUAAAAAUGUUAUAUGCUCAUAGGCAUUGCAAAGAGACUGGCACAAAACAAAAAUUGAAAUAUGGUGUGGUAUGUUUAAGUUCGAUUUUAUUUUUCAUUAUUAAUAACACCAUCAUCUGGAUUCUUUCAUGAAUAAAAGAACAUGCUAAAUGCCUAUA